AUGAGUCUCCCUAAAGUGUCUGGCCGUCUCCAAGAUAUCUCGCCGCUCAUUCUGGGCGGUGCAACGUUCAAUACCCAGUACAACGACGACCCGUAUUCCAUACGCAUCCGCGACCUGUUGUACACAGCCCUCGAAAGUGGUAUCAACGCUAUCGAUACGUCUCCCUAUUACGGGCCUUCUGAGGAACUAAUUGGUGACGCUUUGAAGAAAUUGCUCGACUCGGGGAAAGUGUCUCGCGACAACUACUACAUCUGCACCAAAGUGGGCCGUAUCCAGCUGGAUGAGUUUGACUACUCGCAAGAUUGGGUCAGAACGUCGAUCUAUCGGUCCCUGACGCGGCUCAACACAGACUACUUGGACGUGGUGUAUUUGCACGACGUGGAGUUUGUGGACGACGAGAGGAUUUUCGAGGCGCUCCGAACGCUGGUGGAACUCAAACAGCAGGGAGUCGUUAGAUACGUUGGUAUUUCCGGCUACCCGGUCCCGUUCCUCCACCGUAUUGCGUCUGAGUGUGUGUCGAAGCCAGAUAUCGGAAAACUGGACCUGGUGCUCAGUUACUCAAACAUGUGUCUGCAAAACACGCUUUUGGCGCAGUGGUACGGCAAGUUCAUGGAAACAGGCAUUCAGCUGCUGAACAAUGCCUCCAUAUUGUCCAUGUCGCUGCUCCGAUCUCAGGAAACCAGACCGUUCCACCCGGGCUCACAGAAAUUGAAGCAGGCGUGCUCUGAUCUGGCUACUGUUCUCAAAGAGCACCACAACACUGAACUGGCUGAGCUGGCUACGCGGUUCGCCAUUCGCGAGUGGCUGCCGAAACAGGGAAAGACAGUGAUCGGUGUGUCCAACAUAGACGAGCUACACUCUGCUCUGGAGCAGUACAAGGCCGUCGUGGAAAGAACCAACGACGACUCCGACCACAGGCUGGUCAAAUUGAGUCAAUCCUUGUUGGGCCAUCAUCUGAAUGAGACGUGGGACAGCGGCCGUUAUAAAGCAACGUAA